AUGGCAACCGUCCAAUCCCUUGGAUAUACUACAGGUGCAAAAACGUUUGGAGAGUGGAGUACCAAUUUCACGGCGUUCGUCGUCUCCCACUUUUCAGGCAAAUGCACCAGAGUAGAUGUGGUAUUCGACCGGUACAAUCCAAAUUCUAUCAAGGAAGUUACUAGAGCAAAACGGAAGAAGGGGAAGAACAAAGGUAUUACAAGAAAUGCGGAGAGCAGGGAGCAACGAAUUGGUAACUGGGACAGAGAAAGUUUGCAGGAGCUGUCUUCCGACCACGAGGAGGCAGACACUCGAAUUGUACUUGAUGCUAGAGACGCAACCGAUAGAGGUUACCAGCAGGUGAACAUCUUGUGUCGUGACACAGAUGUUCUUGUCCUCCUAUUGGCAUUCAGAAAAGAUCUCUGUAAAGAAAUUUUGAUGUUCUCCGGUACAUCCCGAAGAAAGAAAUACAUUCCAGUUCAUAACAUCUUAUUGCCAGAAGAGAAGAGAAAGUCGCUCCUUGCAUUUCAUGCAAUCAAAGGCUGCGAUAACAGCAGCCAGUUUGCCGGCAUCGGUAAACAAUCAGCUUGGAAAAUCCUUGAAGGUACACCAGAGCUUAUCGAGCAUCUAGGCGAACAUUGCCCUCCACUCGAAAGCGUCUUGGCCGAUUCCGAAGCAUUCGUACGUCAACUCUAUAACCAUGUAACAAAUGGCAAAGAUAUAAAUAAGGACCGAGCAUCAGCAUUUCGCAAGGUGAAAAAGAACCUUGAUUCCUUUCCUCCGACAAAGGAUGCACUGCACCUUCAUAUAAGGAGGGCGAACUACCAAAGCAUGAUUUGGAACAAAGCAAAAGAGCCUCAUCUAUCCCUGGCUAGUCCAGAAGAAAAUGGGUGGUUCUACAAGGAAGGAGUUCUUAAGCCGAAGUUGACAAAUCAAGAGGAACUAUCAGCAUCGUGUUUACAAUUAGCGUUCUGCGGAUGUUCGUGCAAUGAUUCGACAAUGAUAGUUGUGUCAACUGCCGAUGUACUUGUGUUCGGUUGUCUCUUGGAUGUACCAAAGGUUGCAAGUGUGGACACACGUGUAGAAACACUAGAAACAAUUCACUUGACGAAGAAGAAGUGUGACUAAUAUAGAUUUAGUUCAGACAGCCUACAUUGCAGCAGCAGCAGGUUUUUGUUAUCUUUUCUUUUUUCUGAUCAAACUGUGUGCACAAGUUAAAAACCUGCAGUGACUAUCCCACACGAAAAUAUCCUUUGCAUACAAGGAAAGCUAAGGAAUAAAAGUGCAUAAACAGGGACUCUUCCAAGCAGUGAAUGAUUAUAUUCAUACGCAUUUAGCCUUGUUUUGGCGUUGUGCCCGGGAAAUAGGCUUUGUUGUCACACAAGAUUAGCUAGAAGAAAUAGAAAUAUCGAUCAAUAGAAACUGUGCUUUUUAAUGCAUUUUAUUGAAAGAGUCUGACUGCACAAGUAGUGCAGUUCUCAAGUGACCAUUCUAUAAGCAAGCAAAAUUUUGAUCAAUUCCAACCAAGGGCAAAAAGUUUCUACAAUCAUAUAACUGAUAUUUCCAUCAGUUUGCUAGACUUCAUUGUACAUUUGAUCAUGUCUUGUUAUUAGCCUCGCUUUCAUGCUUAGAGGGCGAAUCUGGUCACGUGACCAUUCU